AUGUAUUCAAGAAGAUCAUUUAGUAACUCAGUUAAAAGACUUGCAAAUUUUGGUAAACCACAGAACCCACCUAUUGAUCCAUCAUUACAUUUAAAAAUUCAACCAAUUACAAGGGUAGGAGAAACGAUAAAUAUUAAAAGAGCAAGAUUAUUAUAUCAAUCAAGAAAAAGAGGUAUACUAGAGUCAGACUUAUUAUUAUCUAGAUUUGCUAAUAAGUAUCUUAAUAGAAUGACAAUGGAAGAAUUAGAUGAAUAUGAUAAAUUAUUAGAUGAAGCGGAUUGGGAUAUUUAUUAUUGGGCAACUAAGAAUUUUGAUGUUACUCCAUUACCUGAUAAAUGGAAGGAUCUGAAAAUAUUAAAACAAUUACAAGAAUUAUCUGAAAAUCAUGAUAAGGAAAUAAUGAGAAUGCCCGAAUUAAAUUUAGAUCCAAAUAUUGAAUUAAAUAAAAAAGAAGUAUAA